GUCCUCUUCCUUCCGCCCUCGCUCACCACUUUAGAAACUUAUGGAUAAGAUUGUCUGCUGAAAAGAGAGAUCUGAGGGGGGAUGGCUGAGCAGUGAGGGAGGAGGGAAGAGGGUGGAAGGAAGAGGACUAAAAGGAAGAGGACUGAAGGCGGAGGAUUGAGGGCUGAGGGCGGAAGGCUGAGGGCAGAAGGAUGAGGACGGAGUUCGUAUUACUGACGGCUGAGAAGGGAGGGUAGAAGAUGGAGGUGUGAUUGUAGAUUAGGACGAUGGGUGACGGCAAAAGCAACCGAUGCGCCAUUCUGAAGGCAUAGGACAUUGCAUGCAGGACAGGUAUUUCGCUGAAGGAUGUCCUAAAAUGCGUUCCGUAUCUAGCACUUGUCCUGGUCCCUGCAUCCAUGAGUCUUGUACCUCACCAGCAGACUGGAACUUGAACCUGACGAAUUUACCUCAGGCUCUGCAGCACAACACACACCUGCUGCUGUACUCAUUGUGUGCAAGUGGUUUUUACAGAUUUUACAUUGGUUUCCUGGAUUUUUACACCUGCAUUUGUGCCCUGGUGUUCCGAAAAUGGCUGCUGGUGGUUGUUCUCUGUGAAUGCUAAGUGAAAAAUAAGGAUAUUAAAGAAAAGGUGAACAAGCUUCAGUUUGUGACGGGCUUAUUCUCUGGGGAGAUUCUUUGUUUGGUGUGUGAGAAGGAGGAGAGGCAAGGAGUCCCUGCAUUGCUCUAGCAUCUAAAGGAAAAGCUGCUUGAAAAUUCUGUCUAGUCAAGAUAUACCCUGAUCAUUACGCUACUGUGCGCCAUCUCCGUACAUCAUCAACAUAUGUUGGAGGCAUUGAAAGUUCAGUACAUUCACCUUAUGUACAUAUGAUUUUGCCUCUCAUAUCUUUUGAGAGCACAGGGAUCAGCCAGGGGGAAAGUGAUGUGGCUGAUGUGCUGUCCAAGUUCUCCAUAGAGUUUAAUGUGAUCACCCUUCCGAUGCAGCACAUCCACAUAUAGGUGCAGCCGCUUCACUUGCUGUCAGUACACCAUGAGAGAGAGCCAGGGAGGAGAAAUCCAGUGUCGCAAAAUGGAUGGUUGCCAUAUCGCCUUUUCUGAACAGGACGUGGAGUUUCGUAACAUAUCGUCUCACCAUGCCAAAAUGCAUAGUGUCUGACUGUCUGCACAAAACGGGACAAAAAGAAAAAUAUCCCCAUGUCAUUCUUCAUCCUUUCCCUGGAAAUCUUGAAAUUAUCAAAAAAUGGUUAUUGCAGAUUGGCGACGAUUAUGUUGACAUUGAUGCACUUGCUGUCAAAAUUUUAGAAGGCAAAAAAUAUGAUAAUUACCGGAUUUGCUCUAUGCACUUUGAUGAGAACCAAUAUAUUUACAAAACUCACUGUAAAUCUCUUCAAAAGGAUGCUGUUCCAACACUCUUCACAAAAAUACCAUCCUUAUUUAGGAUUCAAAGCAUAACAGGACCACCUCCAUGCAAAAAAAGAAGAGUAGACGACCCAGGUGAAGGACCAUCAGCUGCUACUAUUGUCCGUAUAGUAUCACAUUCAAGGACUGUUUCAACUCAGACAGAACCGGAAUAUUUUCUAAAAAGUACUGCGGUUAACACCGAUCAUACCUUCUUCAUGGAAUCCAAAUACACCCAAUGCGAACCACCAAUCCAGAAGAAGGAUAUGCAAAUCCAAACUGGAGACGAUUCUGUUCCAGCUGAAAAGUGGAUUAUUGAAAAGGAUCAUUUCUAUCCAGUUUGCUUUUCAACACCAACCAAAGCAACCAUCUUUUAUAAUCCACUUUGUCAAUCAGAAAAUGAAAUAUUUCAAGAAAUUUCACCAGUUUAUGAAAAUCAACUAUUGGAAGACACACUGGAGACAACAUAUCCAACUAUUGAAGAUCUGAAAGACACCACCUUUAACCCACAAGAUUGCACAUCUUUGGAGAUGUCGGACGUAAUGGAUUCUUCAGUCAAUGAGGUUGUGCCUGUUUCAGAUUCAGAUUUUGUGCGAGAGAGAAAAUUUAUCGUUUUUGAAACACAGUUAGAUUUGUUACUUAAACUAAUACCAUGUCAGUUUAAUGAUGGCCAAAUGUGUCCGGCCCCAAUUUCCAAAAUACACAAAACUGUAGAAGGAUCGAUGGUCACUGUAAAUUUAACUUGUCGAAAGCUCCACAAUUCACUUAUCUGGAAAUCACAACCAACCAUAUCAAAUAUGCCUGUUGGCAAUAUUCUAAUGUCCUCUUCUAUUCUUUUAAGUGGCUCCUCAUUUCAGAAAGUAAAGGAAAUGUUUGAUCUUUUUGGUAUAGCUGCCAUUUCGAAAACCACAUUUUACAAAAAUCAAAACCACAUUCUGUUCCCUGCAAUUGAUAAUUACUGGAAAAAGGAACAGCAGAAUAUAUUUACAGAGAUCGGUGAUGAGGCAGUUGUAGUUGCUGGGGAUGGGCAAUUCGAUAGCCCAGGACAUUCUGCUAAAUAUUGCAUAUAUUCAUUCAUGGAUAUUCUUUCUGAUAAAAUUGUUGAUUUCAAAUGCGUUCAAGUUGAACCUGGAAAAACAUCAUCAUCACUAGAAGUGGAGGCUUUUACAGAUUGUAUGGAAAAUCUUUUAACAAACAAGGUCCAAGUUAAAAUAGUGGCAACAGAUAGGCACAGUUCUGUUAAAAGGGUAAUGUCCAAAAAGUACUCAAAAAUUGAACAUCAGUUUGAUAUUUGGCACCUAUGUAAAAGUGUAUCAAAGAAGUUGAAAGCAACAAGUAAGCUGAGAAAUUGCAAAGACCUAGUUCCAUGGAUAACAUCUAUUCAAAAUCAUCUAUGGUGGUGUGCACAGACCUGUAUGCAAAAUGCAGAUUUGCUAAUUGAAAAAUGGCAAUCUGUGAUGUUUCAUGUAGCAGAUGUACACAAAUUCCCAAGUUUUAAAAAAUACAAAAAAUGCAUGCAUGGGAGGAUCUCACAGGAACAGCGAAAUGGAACAAACUGGAUUAUGCCAAGCCAUCCUGCUCAUAGUGCACUUCAAAAAAUUGUGAAUGACAAAGCACUUCUUGCUGAUUUACGUCAAGUUACAAAGUUUUGUCAUACGGGACAAUUAGAAGUUUAUCACAGCAAAUGUUUAAAAUACCGUUCAAAGAGAUACUCAUACAGAAUGAAUUCAAUGUAUGCUCGAACCACUUUGGCGGCCCUUUCAAACAACCGCAAUGUAGGCAGAAGCCAAGCAACAGUGACCUGCCCGGAAAAAACAACAUUAACAACUGGUGAAAAAAGAUACAAACUUGUAUUCCCAAAGCAAAAAAAGGAUUGGGUGGCUAAGCCGAUUUACAAGGCCUGUGUAGAUGACCAUCUAUUUGAGAUAACCAAUGACUGUUUGAAGAUUCAAAGUGGUGCACUGAUUCACAGUUGGACAUCUCGGGCUACACAUGUUCCAAAGAACAUUGCAUCUAAAGAACGCCCAGACAGAGAGACACUAAUACAAAGACACUUAUCCAGAUUUAAGUAAUACAAAAUUCAACUGUACUUGACAAAUUACUUUGACACAGAAAAUUCUCAGAUGCAUAAUUGAAGUAUGCCAUAUAUAUUGCAAUGUGUUCUGCAAUCUGUACUUGUAAGGAAAAAAAUAGCACAGGAACUUGUCUGAUGCUAAUUGAUUGCUCUUACCACAGUUAAUAGAAAUUUAAAUUUCUUGGAGAGGCACAGUUGGAACGUUUCAGCCUAGCAAUUAAGGAAAAUAUCACAUGGUAAAUUUGUUUAAGAAAUAAGUUGCCAAACUAAGACCAGAGGUGAGAAGAGUAAAUGCAUGGUAUUAGCCUGCUUCUGACGCACAGUAACUAAGGCUAUGGGCACACAGCCUGCGUAAUUGGACUGACCUCUGUCCGUACACAGGCUGUUCAGGUUCAAAUCAAUGGAUCAGGGGCACAGAGCAGAUCUGCAUCUCUAAACCUGCAAUAUUCUCAGCCCGACCACAACAGCUGAUCAGUUGCUGACAACAGCCUGUGUAGCCAUAGCCUAAAAACAUUUGGCCACAUUUCAAUGUCCAAUACAAAUACUCCAGUCAAAAUCUAAACACGAAGGAGGUCCCAUUUGUUUAGAUUAAAUUACCUUUGCUCUUUGCUAUGAAGUACUUUUUUGAAAUAUAGAUGUUUAACGUCAUAUUUUAAAAUUUUCAAGCCAAAUAUGAGGUCAAAAUGGUGCCCUUGUAAACUUUGGAUGACUGCCAAAAUGAAAUCACAUCUUUAUGUGAAUUUGCUUCGUUUUUUUUUUAUUCCCCAAUAUGGAUAGUCAUCUUAAAAUGAUUCAUUUUUGAACAGAUUUCAUUUUUAUAAAGUUAAAUUUCAUUCUGUCUAACACUACUGUUGAUUUAACACAGGAGUGUCCAAACUUUUCGGAAAGAGGGCCAGAUUUAGCGAGGGCAGACCAUUCUGUCUGACAUGGUGGUAGCUAGCUUAGGAUCAGGAUCAUUCACUCCUGAAUAUGGACGCGUUUAGGAAGUGGAGUCUGUUUGGACUUCUCUGCACCUCAUUUAGAGAAGGAAUCGCAUAGCUGCAUCAGAAAAAUUUGGGCACAUGAUUACUGAAAUAAUCGUCUAUUCUGCUGCGUGUAAGCUGAAGGUGUUGACAAUAGACAACAAUAAACAAUAGACAAUAAACAGCCUCUACUGCGCAUGUCACGAUCGGCAGGUUAAGGAGAACCGAGAAGGGGAAAACGGUUCUGCAGCAGCACAUGUCAAAGAAAAUCAGCCUGUGCCGGGAUGGAUACUAAGCAAAUGCAAAGGUAUUUUCAGGUUAGACAGGGUCAUUUGCCAUCCCACGGAGCUGGCUUUAGAUGUGGAGGACAAAACUAGUAAUGCAAAAAGAGGGUUGAAUUCUGGGCACGUAGAGAUGCACUGCUCUCGCAUACUUCUCUAGAUUACUGUACUGGCACGUCAGUACUUCUAUUCCACCUUUAGCCCUAAAGACGUAUGCGAGAGUGGUGUGUAACUGUGCCAUUGCAAACACCUUCAGCACACAGGCAGCAAAAUUGACCAAGUGUCAGAUCAUUUCACUAAUCAUGUGCCCAAAUAUUAUGGCUACGUGGUUGCUGAGCGCACUGUGCAGGGGGGCCACAUUAUUAAUUUCAUGGAGGCUGAGGGCUGGUGUUAAUUUGAAAACUGGCCACAAUUGGCCCACGGGCCUGACUUUGGACAUGCCUGCUGUAACAUAAAUCAAACUUUGUUAGCAUAAAAACUAACUUGAGACUUCGUUACCGGAUACAUGAUCCAGAGUAUUUUGGGAAACAGAACUCAUACAUGUAUAUUGUUAAAUUUGCACAUUGACUGUAUGUCUGUAUAAUCAACUUUAAAUGCUGUUCAUUGAAAUGUGAAAUUCUUGUGAAUUCUUUUAAGAUGAAUUUGUUUAACAUAUGACAAUACCAAUAUUUUUGGUUAAACAAAAUAAAUUGGAAAUGGGAAAUGUGA